UUCUGAUACGUUUUUUUUAGCGAGGAACACUGGAACUUCCUAGAUCGAAAGUGAUGUGUACGGUUGAGAAUGAAACAAAAUUCAGACCGAACUAAAGUAUGGUCUCACGCCAUGUCUUGUCCUUGAUGACGAUGACAUUGGUGCCAGGAGUGAGGGCACUGUGGAGCCUUCACAGAACCUCUGUACGAGCUAUUAGCUGCUUUGUUGCGUCUCCCACUCAUCUGUUCUCUGUAGAUAUUCCCAGGGGGCUUUGUACCAUCUCAGCAAAUACCAGCGAAUUAAAGCCUCUAGCAGGACGUGAAAAUGAGUUAUUGCUGGAAAGCUUGACCUUCAUGGGGGUGGAUGUGAAGAUGGCGCGCCAGCGCCAACCAGGAGUACUCCGUAAGUUCAUCACCAAUGAGCAAGGCCUAGCUAACUUCCUCCAUGGCAAAGGUGCCAGCCGCAAAGUAGUGGCCAGCAUUAUCUCCCGGUACCCCCGCGCCAUCACUCGCACAGGCGAACACCUGGAGCAACGCUGGGCACUGUGGCGGGGCAUCUUCAAGAGCGACCAAGAGAUCAUCAAUAUUCUGGACCGCUCGCCUGAAUCCUUUUUCCGCUCAAGUGACAACGAUAACCUGGAGAAAAACAUUGUGUUCCUGAGUUCGCUGGGUCUCGAUGCCAAGGACCUCCACCGCUUGCUGACCACAGCGCCACGGACCUUCUCCAACAGUGUUGAGCUCAACCGCCAGAUGGUGAAAUUCCUGGAAGAUAUGUCUGCAGAGUUAGGUGGCCAAGAUCACAGGCAGUUUGCCAAAGCAGUUAUUUCCCGAAACCUUUACAUCCUCAUCCGCAGCACCAAGAGGGUUAAGGCGAACAUUGACUUCCUUAAGGGAUCUUUCAAUAUUAGUGACCCUGAGUUGCUGGCUCUGCUUCAGGGCACUGGGGCAGAAAUAUUGGACCUCUCCAAUGAGUAUCUAAAGAGAAAUCUGAAGAGGCUUCAAGAGAAAAUGAUGUCACUUGGUUGUCAGAAAGCCAACGUGAAGAAACUGAUCAUCUGCUACCCCACUGUGCUGUUUAUAGGUCCGGACACACUAAGUUCCAAACUGGACUGUCUUUUAAAAAGAGGGAUCUCUAUGGCGCAGAUACUGGAGAAACCUAAGGUCCUAGAAUACAGCACACAGAACAUCACACAGCGAUUGGAAGAGCUUACUAAACUCCAAUAUGACUUUAAAAAGAAUGGCAUCAACAUUCUGGACAUGAGCCGAAAACGCUUUGAUGCCAAAUUGGAAAGAUUGGCUCUUUUGUCAGAUGAAUGAGUUGGAUAACCAUCACUGCCUGAAACAUGAGCUCUACAUGUGUAACACUCUUCGCCUAACCAAUAAGAUAUUGAAUUGUCCCUAAAAUUAUUAAAAGUAAACUAUAUGGUGUUUAGUAGAUUAAAUGCAGUUUUGGAGAGUAAACGUUCUCCUUUUUUCUUCCAAGGCUUUUGACAGUUGGAAUUAUAGGAUGAGAUACUGUUGAAGGAGAGACUGGUAUUGAACUCUUGUCUCCCCCAGGCAAACCACUUAAAUGCAUGGAGCCAGGAGUGUUACACAUGGAAAUAUGUAUUUUAAUGUAAAGCGGAAGAGUAGGCUUAACUAAAGUUUCAUUGUACUGACCCGUGAUUACUCGCCUAUAUAUGCAUAUUAUAGUACUUUGUCAAUUAAUUUCUCAUGAUUGGUUUUGAGGCAGCUUACUUAAUAAAAAGUUAUCUUCAAUUCUGAGGAAACAUUACCUGUACCAAUGGAAGAACAGAACUGCAAACGGCUAGAAGGCAUCAAGACACUGUCUUCAAAGUCUGUGAAUAAUCAGAUAUUCUGAAAUUGUCUUUUGCUGGAUGAAUUGUCCAAUGAGAGUCAAGAUAUGUUUUUGUUUGUUUUGUUUUUACAGAAAAUGGCUAUUCAUUCUUGCAUAGAAUAUUUCUGUCCGAAUAUGAAAACUGGGAACCACCUGUGGGGAUGGUCGACCUGCUAUUAUUAAAAUAUUCAAUCAUGAUAUUACUCUUUACAGUUUUAAUGCCCUGAUGAGUGACAAACAUGUUAUUUGGUCAAUCUUAAUGGAUACUGAAAA